CUGACAGCCGACAUAACGGAAGGAUGCGCAUCGUCCAAUAUUCUGAGAAACGUGGCUUUACACGAAACGAUAUCAGGUGCCUUUAAAUUCAAGAACUCUCAGAAAAAAUUCAUCGUUUGUUGGUCCGUCUGUCAGUUCAGCUCGUGUAAUUUUGUUGCGUUCGUGCGAUUGAAAAUGCUCCGAGGUCUCAGCAUUGUGGGUUUCGUUUCGCUCUGUGUAUGCACCCUGAGUGUGUCGGCCACUAAACUGUUUUACCCGCCAUUACCCAAAGUAUCGGAAGAAGACCAGUACAAAAAGGGGGAACAUAAUUUUGAAUACGACCAUGAAGCUUUUCUCGGCCGAGCACUAUCUUCGGAAUGGAGCAAACUACCUGCUGACGAAGUGAUGGAAAAACUUUCGUAAGUAGCUUUGUUGCUCUGUUACUCCGUCGUUUACUCAAUUAAUAAGUUUGUUUUUCCUACUGUCGGAAAAUUACACCACCAGUAUGAGGAGAACACAAAGAAUUCUCGGUACUGUAGAGCACGUUGUGAGGGGGCGCUCUCGCUAUUAGAAUAAACUUCCCUUCAAUUGUGCGUUGUAGAUUAAGGUUAUGGAAACAUUAUUUUAAGUUCAAGUUCUUUUGAUUGACUGUUGUCCCAUAGAAGAGGUUACAUUUCAUUUUAUUUAGAUGGACAAAAUCAAGUGAAUCGUCACUUUUAUAACUUCUAGAACUCCUUCAUUUUUAAAAAUGGCUAAUAUAGCCGGGAAAUGCAUUCAAAAUACAGCGAAUGUGUUUAGCUAUGAACCUAAUUUUAGCAGACUUUUGAGAAGGGAUGAUAUUCUAUCGUUUUGCUCCGCAACUUUCUGUAAUGCUUACUCACGAUGUAGAUCAAUUUUUUUCCAGUCGUUUGAUGUCAACAGCUUUGUGUGUCAAACCACAAAAUUGCCAGAGACACGGUUUGAAAAUGACGUAAAUCAAUGAUCUUAACGUCAUAACCAUUUGUGGUUCAUUUCUGACCUACUGUGAGAUUGCUUUUGAUAGACGUUACCAUGACAACUGAACAAGUCAAUAUGUCUAGGACCUAAGCCAAGCUUGAACGAUUAAGAUCAUUUGAAAAGACGCUGAACAAACGCAAAUUUUCCGCCUUCGAGACCACGCAAGCGUGUGUCUUUCAAGGAUUUAUAAUAUUGCAAUUAAUCGUGCCAAGGAUUUGAAAAGAAAUUACGAAACUCGUUGUUUUCUUUCAGCGCUAAAGACAUAAAAGUGUUCCAUUGCUCUCAAAGGAUUCUUCUCGUAACAGAAUAUUUUUCGCAUCAAAAGUUACAAAGUGGUUAAACUGGUUACCAGGACUUUUUUUCGGUCUGAGUGGUCAAAGCGAACAUUUAGAUCGAACGCUUCAUCGUGGUGACUUUUGGAACCAGCUAUGUGAUAAUGCCAUAACCUCAUCCUUAGGAAAUUUGCAUUUCAUUCCAUCUCAAUUUAUUUUCAAAAUCAUUGAUAAAAUUUUCAUCAACACUUUCCGGUAUUCUAAAGUAAAAGACGUUUUUCUUCAUCUCUCGAUAACAGGGAACUGUUCCCCAAAAUAGAUGUCGAUAGCGACAAGAAAAUCUCAAUUCCUGAGCUGUAUGGAUGGAUUGAACAGCACAUGAAAAAACAUGUGUUGCGCCAGGCUGAUCUAAAAAUGCAGGAUAUGGAUUCGAACAAGGACGGCAAGGUAUCAUGGGAAGAGUACAGGGAGACCCAGUACCCUUCGUCCACAGAAAAAGGUGAGAAAUUCUGUUCCAUACGUUCACAUUCUAACCAGUUUAAAAUUUUAUUUCCUUGAGGAAAUAUCUGUCCCUUUGGGAAGAAACAUGAAAUCCUUUUAUCGUUCAUUAAUUGGUUUGAAUUAUUGAAGUUCCUGGUGAAAAAAUAAACAAUUUGCGUCUAAACCGGACGUGUUCCGGAGGUUCCGAAUUCCACUCACAUGGAUUUGAACAAGUCUUCGUUGUAUCUAUUGAAGGCCUCAAAGAGAAAGGUCUUGGGGAAUUCAAGAUAUUAGUCUCACGUGAAAAGAAGCGAUUUGAUUUUGCUGACACAGACAACGAUAAAGUACUGUCCCGUGAAGAACUGUCUUUUCUCCUCCAUCCCGAGGAGUCCAAAAGGAUGACUUCGUACUUCAUUGAGGUAAGUGUCACGUGAUUCGUACAAAUGCUGGGGAAAACUGUCUAUUAGGUCAUGGAAUACGUCAUCGUACUCAAACAAGUUAACAUUUUCUAUUUUUUUUCGCCUUUUCAGGAAAGUUUGGACAUCUUUGACACAGACAAGGACGGAAAAAUAUCCGUUGACGAAUACCUUGGUAUGUAAAUUAACGUGUUCAUUUCGCUAUUCUCUAAGGACAUCUGCAUAUCCAUGUCAUGGAAGGUCUUCCUUAAUCUAUUUUUUUCCUGUGCAAAGGGGUGUGUUUCUCUCCAUGUUAGAUAAGGCAUAAAACAUACAAUUUGUGCGCGUUAUGUACGGCUACAUGUUUGGAAUCAAUUAGUUUUCGUAUUGCUUGGUUUUGAGCCAUAGUCUUGGAACGAACUCAGAAUCAAUUGUUCUUUUUUUAGCCUGCUGACAUCAAGAUCAUUAUGCUUAGCUAUUUCAGGUGUUUGCCUGAUAAUUUAACGAGAGGGGGAGUGGAGGGAGGGGAUAAGAUUAAACAUGGAGAGUAAAAUGAUUGCUUCUUUUUUACUGAUUUAUCACAACAGGGAAUGAAGUGAACAGGCUUUCUAAGUCAAUGCUUGAUGUGCUCAAAAAAAGUUUUAAUAAAGAACUAGACUCGAACAAGGAUGGAUUUCUUGACAGGGUACGUCUUUUCUCAAUAUGGGAGGUGCGAAUGGGUAUUUCCUGUUCUUUCAUAGAAGACGAAUCAGAUCAUUUUAUAGAGACUAGGGGGCUCGUUUGCCACAUUUUCGAGCUGGCUGAGAUAAAAAAAAAUGCAACCUCAAAAAAGCAAGAAAAUAUCAUUUGGUAACAAGAAUAGUUUAGGAUUGCAAACGACGAACUAUAAAAAAAAUAAGGCUUACUUUUUAAAGAUAUAUUAGCCUCGACGUAGUUCGCCUAGGUGAAAGGCAUGAUGGAGGGUAUUUAUCGCUUUUCUUCUUUGUAUACCUGCAGAACGAGAUUCGAGAAUGGAUCUUUCCCGGCGCGCAUGAGGAUCCUAUAUUAGUCGAGGCAAAACAUCUUAUGAAGGCAGGCGAUGACGACAAGGUAAUGAUUUGAUUGAGACCUGUCACUCUUAACAUUAUAUUGCUUCAAUAAAGAGCGUUGUUCAAUCCAUCUGAGGAAAUGAAGGUGACGUCAGCAGCUUGGCGACAGCUUGGCAGGUUCAGAUCUGCACAGCUGUUAGGAUAAGUUUUUCAGUCUUUAAAAGCUUAAAGUGUCACACUUGGAGACAAACAAACAGAAAAUGUGUAAACAGUACUUUGUCAACCUAUGAUGUUUUAUUGUCUUUAAUCUGACCUGUAUUAAAAUACAACAUUUAGCUGUUUUGUUUUGUUUGUUUUGCAGGAUACUUUCUUGACAGAAGAUGAACUUAUAAAGCACUAUGAUAUUUUUGCUGGAAGUCGAGUAACUAGCUACGGAGAUCUCCUUAAAGAUGAAUUAUGAAACAGAUUCAAUGUAGCGACCUCUUCGGAUUAUAGAUUGUAAUUUUUUUGGUUUCUCGCGAUAUUGCGCUGAUCAACUACCGCAUUAGAAUAAUACGCACUGUUGAUCUGUCACCUUGUAGAAUCAUCAUUAUCUCUAAAUAUAUAUUAUCGUAUCCUCGUUUUUCCUACAUCCUUCAUCUGUUGUUUGUCCUUUAUAUCGUGU